AAACAUUUUGAACAACGAGAGUGGCUCUUUAAAAGAAGAGCUGCAGAACACUUUUUACUCUGCAUAGACUCCUCCUUUGUGUGAUCUAACUGGGCACUAUUAUUGUAUUUCCUCCAACAUCGGAAACACAGUCUUUAAGGGCGAGUACCCACGGAAACGUGUGUCCAUUGUGCAAAUUAGACCUCGCGUCUCCACAUCCAAGUCCCAAGAUCACAAUAGUUGCCAAGAGCAAGACUGUGUUUUGAUGUUUCAGUUCCAGGAGGGGAUUGAAGGUUGUCAUAGCAAUGGAAGAUGGCGACAAUGAUCAGACCAACAGACUACAACGUUUAUCAAUGAGCGAUGAUCAACCUGCCGCAUCCUGUGGGAACGAGGGUGAGUCUGUUCCGGAGACGGGAAGCUCAGGUAUCCGAGGUCAGGGAUGUCACCCAAUGGAUGGAAUCCCAUCACAAAACCAAGCCAAUCCAAAAGCGCUGUGCGGCAGGGCUCUGCCGGAAGCUCUGCUGACCACCAAGCAGCUGUUUCAGUACUGGAACACCAUGAACAAGAAGGUGAAACCCAUCCGCCUGCUCUUCGAGAUACCAGAGACCAGAACUGUGAAUGAGCAGUGCUCCAGAUAUGUGAUGUACAAGGUGGUGGUGAUCAAGUCGGGCACCUACGACGGCAACCAGGCCUACAUUGAACGGCGAUACUCGGACUUUGAAAAACUGCACAGGAAUAUCCUGAGGAACUUUAAAGAAGAGGUGGAAGAGAUCACUUUUCCAAAGAAAAUCAUGGCGGGGAACUUCCUUCCCGGGAAAAUCGCCGAGCGGAAGCUGGCGUUCCGGGACUAUCUGGCGCAGUUGUACGCAAUCAAAGACAUCCGCUUCUCCGAUGAGUUUAUUGAAUUUUUCUAUCUGCCAGAGGUGCAGGAGGGAUAUGGGUGCCUGAGGAGCGGACAGUACACCAGGGCUCUGAAGGGUCUUCUCAAUGUGUUCAGCUUACAGGAGAAGCUGUGUAUGCAUCGCCACAUUACCUUGGUCCUCACUCUCAGUGCUAUUGGACUGUGUUGCAGAGACCUGGGGCAUAUAGAAGAUGCCUAUGUAUUUUGCGAGAAGGCUGGGCUUAUCUUGCACGAUUUUAGUUGCCAUCAGUACUAUUACCCUCUGAUGAAGAUUCAGGUCGCCCUGGGAAACGAGUUGGGGAGGAACAUGCGGCACUUACAGGACAGGCUGAUCAAAAUGGAGGAGCGCCACGGAAACCAAAGCAACCAGCCGUCGCUGAAAGAGCUGGUGGUGCAGGAAUACAUACAGGACGGCUGAUGGGGACGCAAGGACUCCUGCGUGGAACCCAAUGUGUCGGAGUAACUCAGCGGGUCAGGCAGCAUCUCUGGAGGGCGUGGAGAGGUGGCGUUUCGGGGAUUGGAAGCCUUCCUCGCUCGGAUGGGCGAGAUUUCAGAUCCGGAGCCUUUUUCAGACUGAAGAAGGGUCCCGACCCCAAACGUCACCUUUCCAUGUCCUCCAGAGAUGCUGCCUGACCCGUUGAGUUACUCCAGCACAUUGUGUUCCACAUCAGCGCGGUGGCGCAGCGGUAGAGUUGCUGCCUCACAGCACCAGGGACCCGGGUUCGAUCCUGACCACAGGCGCUGCCUGUAAGAAAUUUGUACGUUCUCCCCGUGACCUGCGUGGGUUUUGGCCCGGUUUCCUCCCACUCUCCAAAGGCGUGCAGGUCUGUAGACUAAUUGGCUUGGUAAAAAUUGUCUCCGCGCUGUAUCUGUAAACUAAACUAAUUAAGACUGAAGAAUCCAUCUUCACCAGAUUGUUAAAUUGCCAAAAAUGUUAUUGCUGGAAUUUCUGCCGUGUCUCAUUAACUUGGCCACUUUUGGGGUGAUUUAUAUUUCAACUUGGUCGCUCACAGAAAUGCAACAAAUAGUUUAUUACCUUCAGACAUGAUCACGUUGAAUGGUGGUGCUGGCUCGAAGGGCCGAAUGGCCUACUCCUGCACCUAUUGUCGAUUGUCUCAUCUCCGUUCUAACCAUAUAACCAUAUAACAAUUACAGCCCGGAAACAGGCCAUCUCGGCCCUACAAGUCCGUGCCCGAACAACUUUUUUUCCCUUAGUCCCACCUGCCUGCACUCAUACCAUAACCCUCCAUUCCCUUCUCAUCCAUAUGCCUAUCCAAUUUAUUUUUAAAUGAUACCAAUGAACCUGCCUCCACCACUUCCACUGGAAGCUCAUUCCACACCGCUACCACUCUCUGAGUAGAGAAGUUCCCCCUCAUGUUACCCCUAAACUUCGGUCCCUUAAUUCUGAAGUCAUGUCCUCUUGUUUGAAUCUUCCCUAUUCUCAAAGGGAAAAGCUGAUCCACAUCAACUCUGUCUAUCCCUCUCAUCAUUUUAAAGACCUCUAUCAAGUCCCCCCUUAACCUUCUGCGCUCCAGAGAAUAAAGACCUAACUUAUUCAACCUUUCUCUGUAACUUCGUUGUUGAAACCCAGGCAACAUUCUAGUAAAUCUCCUCUGUACUCUCUCUAUUUUGUUGACAUCCUUCCUAUAAUUGGGCGACCAAAAUUGUAUACCAUACUCCAGAUUUGGUCUCACCAAUGCCUUGUAAAAUUUUAACAUUACAUCCCAGCUUCUAUACUCAAUGCUCUGAUUUAUA